AUGCUCUUAUUUUUCUUUUUACAUCAUUCUAGCAUUGUUGCUGUUCAAGUCUUUCUCUCCUCUUCUGUCGUUACCCUGACUGUACGUUUCAAGUCUGCUGGUACCAAAUGUGGUCUCUUUGAGAUUGGGAAUAUCGGAAAUGAAUGUUUUUUUUUUAUGACAAAGUGUGAAAACCCUAAAGCCCCCACUAUCUAUCGCAUGGCUAUCUUUGUACGCCUUGCGGUGAUCUUAAAGUCUAUCGAACAAGCUCUGGAUGUCAUUCCUAGGACACUGGUCUGGAGCUCUGGUGCCAGCCCAAUCAGAGCACUCACCCAGUUACAGGUAAAGCAUGCCGCGAAGGAGAAUACCUGGGGCAUUGACGGUGACACCGGCAAGAUUGUUGACAUGAAAGCAUAUGGUGUCUGCGGGCGUGAAGUAGUAUGAUAAAGCGGCAAAGCAUCAAGACAGCUAUUGAGUCUGCUUGCCUUCUUCUUCGUGUAGAUGAAAUCUACAGUGCCAAGAGAGCUAAACAGAGUGGUAGGGCUGGCGGGGGUCAAACAAAAGUUACUGAAACAUAGAACUAUUUCAUUAAAUCAUUUGGACAAAGUUGUAUCAAA